UCGGUGAGGGUAGCAACCCGCGUCGGUGUCUCUCUCAGUCUCUAUCUCUGUCUCUCUCUCUUACUCUCUCCCCGUCUGCGAAUAGUCGAGUGUCCGCCAGCCCGCCUGUCGUUGUCGAUUGUGCGCGCGCCAACACCUGCCUGCUUGACUUUCUCGCGUUUGUGACUAAAGGCGCAAACAAGUGUCUCUCUCGCACCUGCACCUCCGCAGAAACACAACAAGUUCGACCACUGCUAUUUGCAAGAUUCUUCAUUGUGCUCCAGGGUAACGGGCCCGGCGGUGCGUGUAAUUGCCAUCACGCAAAUAAUAAUAUUUCUCAGCGUGCGUCGUCGCGCGGCCCGAGCAGCGGGAGCUCGUGGGUGGCGGCACUCACAAUCAGUCCCAGCCCAGCAUUGCGAGCGCAGUCAGUCUGUUCUGCGGGGCGAGUGAGGAAGGUCCGGUCCCUGCCCAAGAGCCGAACCACACCACCACCUGCACGACACACCACCACAUUUCAGGUAGGAGCCGAGCAUGACGUGGAGCAGCCAUUGAGUUUGAAUCGGGCAGGCAGAGCGCGAGAGCCUCUGCUAGAAGGAAGCGAGCAUGAGCGUGACCAGACUGACGCCGUUCGUCUUCGUGCUGCUGCUGUACGGUGGGGCCCACGCGUCCCACCCGCCCAAGCAGACGGGCCCAUGCAGCUGGCUCAUCGACACCAUGCUCAGGCCCGCCGGCGUCUUGCACACGCCCAACUUUCCGCAUAGAUUCCCCACACCCGCCAAGUGUCGGUGGGUGUUGAACACGCCGCAGUCACCGGACAUGAACACAAUCAUCUGGUUCACGCAGAUCUACCUGCUGACCGGGCUCAAGAUCACGGAACAACUGGAGGAAUCGGCCUCGGGCCUGGGGGGCUCGCGCGUGCUGCUCGACACGUCUGCGCACGCGCAGAUGCUCAAUUACACGUGGGUGCGCACGUCAAUGCCCUACCUGAUCGUCGAGCUCAGCCUGGACCAACUAGAGGGCAACCACGUGCGCACCAGGGACAACCUGCUCGACGUGUUUGGCUUCAACAUCACCUACGAACUGGUGCCCGCCGACAAGGACACGCAGCAGCUGUCCAAACGCUGCAGCGUCGUCGAGUGCUCCUACGCGGGCGACUGCCUCGCCGACGCCUCCUUCACGAAUUACGGCUGCGUCUGCUACAAUGGUUUCUCCGGCGAUCAAUGCCAGUUUGGACCUCUUUGCAACGCUGAGCUCAAUCCCUGUCUCAAUGGCGGCGUGUGUAGACACAUGACCGUGGACGCUGUUUUGUGCACCUGCAUUGACUCGCGCUUCUACGGCCCUCUCUGCGAGUUCUCCAACGUCACAGACUGUGAGCGAGGCGGCCUUUGCGAGGCGCAGUGUCCCUUCGACGCCAACCCCCAGACUGCGUGCAAGUGCGGUUUGGGCCAGCCAGUCUCGGCCGAUCGAGCCCGCUACGAGACGACCAUCGAGUUGAUGAACAAGACGCAUUCGCGAGCAUCGCCCUCUUCAGUAGCUGCCGCGGUGAACCCUUUGGAUGAGGUCAUUGCCGGCAAGCUCUCCAAAUUCCUGCGCUCGACGAAUUUGACCCGCGUCGAGGACGUCAAGGUCGUCAAAAUCAUACCGGGAGUUUCGCUAACCUUCAGCUUCAUCAGCGCCAAAAACGAGAAGGUGUUGCUGGCGAUGGACAGCCUGAUUCAAAAGGGACGACUUGGGCCGUUUGAGCUGAAGAAAACAUCUGCCAGGGAGCACAAAAAGGAGCCAGCCUUGUUUUUGGAGAGCGUUCGGGUGAACCACGAGCGGAUUCUUCACGUAGGCGACGAGUUCAUCGUGUCGUGUCUGGCGCAGGGAUCCACAGACAUGGAAUUUCGCUGGUUUAAGGAUGGCAUCCCUGUCAACGAGACACUCGCCCUCAGGGACAUGGAGCAGACUCUGCUGGAAAGGGACAGCCGCGACAUGUACACGGCGCUGCUGAGGGUUUCGAGUGCCACCCCUCUGGACGAGGGAAAUUACACAUGCCAGGUAGUGGACCGCGGAAUGCAGCAAUGCAAGUCGCUGUACAUCGAGGUCGCCUCGCCGCCCAUCGUCUCCAUCAGCCCCAUGAGCGUCACCUUGUCCAAAGGCGAAAAUCUAACCAUCUUCUGCAUGUCUUCGAACGACAAGAGGAGCGAGAAGUUCGGCUACAACUGGACGAAAAACAACGCUCUGCUGCCGACCAACGCCGGCCGGGAAAUGAUGGAGGACUUGCACCCAGAUGGCAGUCUUCUCAGAAUAUACCACGCGCACUCGAGCGCGACGUACGCGUGUCACGUGCACAGCAGCGCCGGUUCGAGCUCGGCGAAGAUCGAGGUGUCGGUGACCUCGCCUGAAAUCAUCCCCUUGUGCCGCGGCGAGAGCCUGCUCGGGGUGCAGUGGCCGCACACCACCCCCGGCCAGGUGGCCAUGCAGCCGUGCCCCGUGCAGCAGCACUGGAGCGUCAGGGCCGCCCGCAGGACCUGCUUCCUCUACGAGCCAGGCGUCGCCAGGUGGCAGGUGCCCGACUUCUCCGAGUGCACCUCCGCAAGGUUCGACACCAUCAGGAAAAAGUUCCGGCUGUACACCCUGGGUUACUCGGCGACCACCCCUGAGUCGACCCUGCGCUCGGUGCUCAUCUUCCUGGACUCGCACAAGAACCUGCUGCCAGGCGAAGGUGAGCCCGUGCUCGACCUGCUGACCGAGGUGCACGACUUCCUCAGGACCAGACCGCACAGUCGGCCGCCGGCGCAGAUCAUCGCCACCUGCAGGGCGGCCUGCCAGGCCCUAAAUAUGCUGCUCGAGCACUCCAAGUCACUCGUCAAGCCAGCGAGAGUGGGCCAACUGCAGCAGCUGAUGCGAAAGCAGAGCCUUCUGUGGGGCUCGCACUUGGGCGCACCCAGCUCAGCCCAUCUUGAUUUGAGUUCCGUCUUGCUGGACAUCGCCCGGCUGACCACCACCGGAAUCUACAAACUUCGCUACCCGCUGCGUCCCUUUGAUUACCCGGGCUGGUUCACGGACAAAUUGGACGUGCGCAUUCAGGCGCCGAGUGUGAGCAACAUGAGCUCAGGGGCGAGCUCGAAUAAGAAGUCGGCGGCGACGACCACCAGGGGACAGCAGGUGCAGCUCGCCCCUGUGGACGCCAACGUGACCAUCGCGGUCAUCAUCUACCGCUCCUUUACGAACUUCCUGCCCGAGAGAUACAUUUCGCGCCUCAGGGAUGGCGAUUCGGUGGAGCUGCAGUUGAACUCACGCGUGUUGACGAUCGCUGCGACGCGCGGCCUGCGAGAGGAGGCGAACCUGCUGGACGUCGAGUUGGAGCUGGAGAGCAGGCCGACGUCGAUCGCGCCCAGCGAUCGGCGCCACUGGAACGCAACGUGCGCCUCGUUCAGCGGCAAGUCGUGGCUGGUGGACGCGUGCCAGGUCACCUUCGAGUCGGACAACGUGACCAGGUGCAGGUGCCUCGGCUCUGGCACCUACGCCGCCAUGCUCGCCAUGCACGCACCCCACAAGUCGUCGUCAGCGCGCUCACCGCAACUGCCCGUGGCCGCGGGUUGUGCCUUUUGUCUUGUGCUCAGCGCCGUGUGCUGCGUCCUGUUGACGGCCCACGUCUGCCUGCGCAACUCGUGCCUCGUGUUCCUCAAGCUACAGGCAGCCGGCGCCGUGCUCGGCGCCACCAGCGUCUUCCUCGUCGCCUCCACGGCACUCGUACCAAGGGGAUGGUCGAGCGUGCUGACCACAGUUUUGGAGGGCUGCCUUUUGGUUGGUCUGUCCUCGCCGCUGAGCACGCUGAUGCUCGUCUACGCCGAGGUGGUGCAGAUGAGACCCAGCACCGAGGUCGCCUCCAUCAAACACUUGCGCCAAACCGUAGUCAGCGUCAUCACAGGUCUGCCGGUGGUGGCCGUUUUUUGCUCGCACCUGGCCCACUCGGCCACUUCGCAGAACUCGCAGUCGGCGCUGCUCUUGACAGCUGGCACUGCAAGAUUCAACAUUUUCAUCGCCUGCUCGCUCGGCAUGACCGUCAUCUUCAUCGUGGUGCACGGCGCAACCACCAGGCGGCUCCAGCUGCUCGAGAAGCAGAACUCUGGCAAGAACAAGGCCAUCACCCGCAGGAUCGGUUUGCUCAAGAGGGCCUCGGCUAUUUUCUCCGCGCUCGUUUCCGUCAUUAUUGCCAGCUUGUUGCACAUCAACUUGCCCAACAGGACUUAUCAAUUUGUGUUCAGCUUGAGCUGCGUCGUCUUGGGUGUUACCCUGAUCGUGAGCUACGUCAUCAAAAGUGAGACGCCCCUGAAGUUAAAGGACCUCAUUCAGGCCAAGAAGAAGAAGCAGAAACAGAAAAAGGAGGACGGAGCGCCCGAGUUCAGUUCCGAGUCGCUGGACAGUCCUCUCAGGCUGUUUCUACGGCCCGACGUGACGCACGGCAACGAGUCUGGCAACCCUGGCGUGGUGCUGGACGCCGAGGAGGUGUUAGCCAACAACAGCAUCGCCGCGACGCCGCUGGACGAGGGCCGCGAGCUGCUGCCCGUGGGUCACUCAGCCGGGCGCAGGGAGUCGCCGAGCAGGCCCGGCAGGGACUGUCAAUCAGGCACCGUCGAGACCUACGUGCAGCCGGACGCCGAGCCGGAGCGGUUCAGCCCAAAGCAGCCGACACCGACGCCGCAGCCGCAGCCCGCCAGGUGCUUCAUCCAGGGCGAGGGACUCGUCGUGCAGGUGUGCGUGGAGCCCGAGCCGCUGAACGGCUACGUGCCGAUGGCGCCGAAGCAGGUGUCGCGCGCCAUCCCGGUGGCGCCGCCGUGCGUGCCCGACAUCACCUUUUCGUGCACAGGCUCAAGCAAGAUGUGCCCCCCUAGGGCGCCAGAGCCCAUCGAGGGGCUGCCCUACCUCAACCUCUCGCCCAACGGCAAGAAAUCGACGCCGCCACGCGUCACCUUCUCAGGGUGCGACUCGGUGCAAGAGGUCGACCUGCCACCGCCGCCGCCACCCCCCUUAUUGGUCGGCGCCGAGAGCAAGGAGCGGAAGCAGCCUGAUGGGCGGGAAAUCAGCCACCAGGACAACGUGGAGGGGAUGCUGGACCGAAUUUCGCACGACCUGGACUAUUUGCUGAGCCGGAACGCGGGCCCCACGGAGGCUGCAGCCCCGGUGGUGUCCAAGGUGCCGCUGCGGAGCGCCCUGAAGAAGAGCAGCGCCGGCAAGUCUGUCAAAAUUCGAGAGCCGACCAGCAUCAUCUUCAUCAGCUCCGACUCGUGCGACCCCUAGCAAGACUGACGUCGAUUUUUCAACCUCGUGUCUGUGAUCGUUGUAGAUGAAAUUGCAAGUCAGAGCAACAAGGACAAAUUGCACGCUUUGUUCAUCGCCUGGUUCGCUUUGGAAUGAACAAGGGUGCCAAUUUUUUCUUCGGCAACAAGCAUCCGGUUUUGCUGACUGACAUUUACGCAUCUGAACUCUGAACCCAUUCUUCCAACAAAUGUCCACACUUUUGUGUUGUAACCAUAAUAAUACAGAGCAGUUUUCGAGUUAAAGACUGGACAAAACUUUGUUUAAAAUCCCAUCCUUGUUCAAUCAAGAAGAUUUUUUCUGUUAAUCCCUUUGAAGAGACGAAUCAACUAGUGGAUAUUUAUUUCUUUUCAAUAAUUACCUCUUGAUAUUUUUACGGAGGUCUUUAUGGGCUCGUAGACCAUUUUAAAAAUUUAAAUUAUGUAAAAAUUACAUUAUUUUUAUAUUAGCCAAAUUCAUAUUGUUAUGCUUCAUUAAAAAUACUCUUGAUAAGUUUUUUUAAAGCUAUUAAAAAUCACUCUACUUUUUCAUAAAUUUAUUUUAAUCCAUUCGUGAGCUGGUUUUCAGCCCACAUAAAAAUUUGUGAAUUAAAAUUACAGACACAAAUAAUAUCGAUGGAUUGAUGUCGUUUGUAGGAAAAAGAUUGAACAAAAAAUCGAAUUUUGUGUAGUUUAAGCUCAAAAUAAAAAAUAUUACAGAUGUUGCAGUCAGCAAAUCGCGGCGUGCGUGCAUCGUCUAGUGGUAAACUGGCCUACGUUGGGGCUCCGGCGGCCCCUGCUUGAGUACGUACACAAAAAACACGCGCAUUUUGUGAUA